AAAAGACUCUACUUCGUAUUUCAUUGAAUUUGUGACAUAGAAGGAAGAGCUUCAAAAUGUAUUUUUUUCGCCUUGUCAAUGGUGCAAGUGUUGCUGUAUGUCACAGUCAUCUUGCUUACAUCUUAGCUAAAGGUCUACUUUCCUAAACGAAUAACUGGCUAUGCGCUUUCUUCUUAGAUGCUUGGGCGCUGAGGGGCCCAAGCAUGAACCUCCUAAUUGCUCUUCUCUGUCGCCGGCCGUUGCCGAAAAAGACGCGAUCAUCUUAGCGCCGGACACUUGUGCGCGUCCCACGCGCUUUGUUUCAGAAGCAGCCAAGGUGCAUGUCAGCAAUCCAGCUGAAGCCGGACAGGAUGCGCAUCACAGCAGCGCUUGCGUGGGGCAAUUCGCGAUUGAAGACCCUGAUAGCGGCAGAGGAGCAACAGCGCUCCGCCCGUCCGUCGACGCCCCUCGCACCAGCCUCAGCAACCCGCAGCUGUUGUUUGCUACUCCCUCGAACCCGCAUUGCAGUAUUACGCUUAAACUACAAGGCGCGUCAAGGGCCGGCUCGUCACACCCAGUUGACAACUGGGUUGCCGUCGGCCCGUUGGCGCGCAACACCGAUUCCUACGACCGCGCCAGCUCUGGCUUCGAGCAGGCACCUGCGGAAUCAAUACCAGCAAUUCUUGCGAGUUGUGUUACGCUGGGCUCGCCCACAAGCAUCGGCACCUUGCGCCAGUGCGCGCAAGUAGCACAUUCUCCAAAGCAUUGUACAUUGCAGCCUUUUUCGGCCGUGGAUGCGGACCAACCAGCCCCAGGCUCUCGGCUAGGUGAUGCUAGCAAUAGUAGCGCAGCGGCGUCUGUUAUCAUCGCUGCUGCUCCUGCCUCGACUGUACCGCCUUCAAAAGGUUUCGGAGCCGCUUCUUUUGGAUUGCCGUACAAAGGAUCCUUGGAAGCCCGCGCCUCAUGCUGCAGCGCCAACGGACCCGUCAGCUCUACCUCCUCCGCAGCUGCGCUUGCAGGAGGAUCCGCUUCCAACCACCUCGGAAACCAUAACAACCACUUUUCCAACCACCUCAACCAACACCAACAUAAUAUUUUCAACAACCCCAAUCCCCAUUCUAACAUCUAUCCGGUGGGGGCCUCGAAGCGGCACGGAGGUGCUGCUGCUGGUGGAGGUGGCAGCAGCGAUCUUCGAAGCAGCAAUGGCGGCGGCGGUUGUGGCGCCGCUAGCAAUGGUUGCAGCGGGCUGGCAUUUGGGUCGGCAGCGGUGCAGCGAUCGCAAUCUGUGGAGGAGGUCGCCAGCCUGGUCACGCGGCUGACGGGGGUGCGCGGGCACUGGCUGGAGGCGCUGGGGGAGACGGUGGCGCGGGCGGCGGAGCUGCUGGGGGCGGACAGUCUGAGUGUACACCUGCUGUCCGAGUCCGGGUCCACCCACGUGCCGCUGGCGGUGACCGGCGACGCGGGGGGUGCCGUACGACUGGGCCUACCGCAGCCGGUGGUGCCGCCGCCGGGGCAGCCGCCCACCGCACUGCAGCGGCUGUACGGCAGCGGGGAGCCCCAACGCGGCAGCGUGUGGGGGUCCCAUUACCCCCACCCCAGCAACCCCCAUCGCCACCACAGCUACCAGCACCCGUCGUCCUGUUCCGCGCCCAUCCAGCCAUCGAGCACCGCCACCCCUGCGCCCUCCUCCCACACCCUCCUGCUGUCCGCAACACAUUCGCACCUCCACCACCACCUCCACCAGCAGCAGCAGCACCACCAGCAGCAGCAGGACCGCUCCAGCUGCCACCACCAUGCCGACCGGAGCAGCCAUCACCACCACGUCCACAAUAACAGCAACUCGAGAAGCCAUGCGAUGGCUGAUUCGUCAGGAGCAGCAGGAGCAGGGGCAGCAGGUGGAGCAGCAGCACCCGCCUCCUCCUCCUGCUCCUCCUCCCUCUUCCUCCUCCCCACUCCUCUGCAACCCCAGCUGCAGCCCUUGUCUCCUCCCUCUUCCUCUCCCCCUCCACCUCCUCCUCCCCCUACACUCCCCCCUCCUCCCCCUCCACCUUCCCCGCUCCCCCCCGACUGGCAUGCCAUGCGCAUCCUGGGAGGCAUGACGGACUUCGUGGCGGUGCCGCUCAGGCGCGGGGAGGCGGUGAUUGGGGCACUGCAGGUGGUUGACCGUUGCACCCCUCCCGAGGAUAUCGCGGGUGCCGUACCGUCCUCCCGCACCUGCCGUGGUACGGCGGAGCUGGCGGUGGUGGCGGCCUUCAUCGGGGCUCUGCUGGUGGAUCAUGAGGCGCUGUGUCUGGUGGGGGCGUUGGAGGCGGUGGCGGAGGCGCACGAUGUGGACGGCUUGGUACGGGCGCUGGCUCGUCACGUGGGGUUGUUCUGCCGCAUGCGCAAACACAUCACGCCGGAGGUCCGAGUGGCCCUCAUCCGCGAGGAUGCCUCCGCCAUGGCACUCUUCCUGGAUGAAGGCGCCGCCGCCGCUGCCGCCGCCGCGGCGGAGGCAGCUGAUGCCGUCGCCAGCACCCUUGGCGGCGUCGGCGGCGCCACAACCCCCUCUGGUGCCCUCUCAGCGGCCAUAUCCCGGUACAGUACGGCAUACAGCCUGCAAGCCAUGUCCUCCACGUUGGGUUUCGCUGGCGGUAGUACGACAGCCGCCGCCGCCGCUUCGGGGCUUAUGUCGACGGGCGGGUUCACAGGUGCGGCCGCCGCCGCCGCCGCCGGAAGCAUGCCGAGUUGCAGCGGCGGCGUCGCCAAUGCACGGCUGCUAAGCUCUGCUCCCGGCGUGGGCCGAUGUGGCGGUCCUCGUCGCUCAAUUUCGGGGCUGGGGUUAACAGUUCUGGAACGAGGAUCCGGGCAGGAAGCAGCCGUGGCGGGUAGGUACGG